AGAUCCCUUCCCCCUACAUUACUCCUCCUUCAGCACACCCACACCCACAUCCCCCCCCCUGAUCCGGCCCCAUACCAAGUCUUCCCGCGGCUAACUAAAGCCCGCACGUCUGAUCUCAUCGCCGCUUCCAGCUUCGACCUCAGUCGCUCACAUGGCCACUCGGAUUCCUUAGCAUCAUCUCUUUUCCAUCCCCCUCCCCGCCCUACCAACUGAGGGUCCUCUAAAGUGUGCUCCACCUUUCCCUUCCCUUCACUUGUUAUUUUGGAUCCUCAUUUUCUUUCUUCCUGUGUUUCGGGGCGUUCGUUCUUCAAACCAUCCCUCGUCACUUCCCUCCUCUCAUUACCGGACGGGAACCUCGCUCGCUCCCUUCUCCGCUUUCUUAUCCGGACCGCCUCUUGCCAAUCUCACCGUCGAUUCUAACCCGUCCUUAUCCAGUCAUCCAACCCUACUAUUGUCGUCUUACACGUCGGUCCCCAUUCUCGUUCGAGAUGGGCAAUUCUCAGGCGAAAGAGAGCCGGCCGCUUGCUUCGUCCAGUCGCCGCAGUCAUCACCAUGGCCCAUACGGUGACCGCCACCAUGGUGAUGGUUCCAGGUCGAAUCGGGGUAGCCGGCCCGAUCUGUCCCUGCUCGGAAUAGGCGGAAGUUCAGAGCGAGAUCUGGCGACGCUCGAACAUCGACGAGAAACAAGGCAGGAACGAGAGGCUCGCCGGCUAGAAAAAGAGCGGGUGGCUCGGCUCAAGGAGCGGGAGCGUAGUAUGAGAGAAGAACAUGUGGACGGUGGUUAUCUGGUGACCCAGGGUGUCUAUACGGGCCCAGAGGAUUUCAACAAGGCUGUGGUGCGACAGCUAAUGAUCGAACGACGACUUGCGCCGUUUUGGAGAGGACUGAAUGACUUCUCGGACUCGUGGACAGAGCACCAGCUUAUGGCUGCGGCGCGUGGUCUUCCCAUUCCCCCUCCCGAUGAAAUCCCCCCUGAGCUGGAAUAUAAGAACCCACCCAAGGCCGCGGAAGACGCAAAGGAGGCUUCGGAUUCAGCCGCAGUGCAGUAUUUGAUGGUCCCCAUAACGUCAAGAUCGCAAUCAUACGGAUCCGAUGCUUCCCAGUCUUCCACGCCCGCACAUUCCCUCCCCUCCCCAACAUCUCCUAUCGCAUCCGGCACAUCGAGCUCACCACUGUUUAGAGCGCGAGCCAAGACUCUUGCGUCGCUAACCACGCCGAAGCAUGGAAUCCAGUCUGAUGCGGCUUCACGUGAAAUGCAGUUGCCUCGUGACCCGUUUGUGAACGGACAACCCAUUGAAGCAUACCUAUAUAAGGACGCGGCGGAAUGCCCUAUCUGUUUUCUGUAUUAUCCUCCGUAUCUCAAUCGGACGAGGUGUUGCGACCAGCCAAUAUGUUCCGAAUGUUUUGUUCAAAUCAAACGUCCCGACCCUCAUCCGCCGGAGCAUGGGGACUCUAACCCGGAUUCUGCUCCAGCUGAGGGUGGUGAACAAGCCGAAAGCCAAGACUGCCAGCUAGUGUCAGAACCAUCGGCGUGUCCAUUCUGUGUCCAGCCGGAGUUUGGGGUGACAUAUGCGCCCCCGCCGUUCCGGAGAGGGCUAGCGUACGCUUCUGAUCCGAGCUCGCGCCCCAAUGUGGCCUCUCCACUGUCUUCCACAUCCUCCCUAUCCUCCGGGAACACCCCCACCACCGGUCGUCGACGCGCGACCUCGUUAUCUGCAAACGAUCCAACUGUGAUCACUACCGAUAGGAUUCGUCCCGACUGGGCUCAGAAGCUUGCCAAUGCUCGAGCUCAUGCGGCGCGGCGGUCGGCAGCAGCAACUGCCCUUCAUACUGCGGCUUACUUGAUGCACUCUAACGGUGCUGGGAAUGAUUCCCGGAUUGGUCUGGGAAGAAGAAGUGUCAUGCGGAGAAACGGCGCGCCCGAAGCCCAGAAUUCCAACGCGCGCACCGGAUCCCCGGCGCUGCAGGCGCUGGCGUUCCUCACGGAUAGGCGUGGAGCAGGCCACGAAGCCGACUCGGCGGAAGAAGGGUCUGGUAACAUUGCACCACCUCGCCAGAGCUCGAGGCGGAAUCGCAUAGAUGAUCUGGAAGAGAUGAUGAUGAUGGAGGCAAUCCGACUAAGUCUAGCGAGCGAGGAAGAGCGGCGCAAGAGAGAGGAGAAAGAGGCCAAGAAAGAGGCCAAAAGAAAGGAGAAGGAAGCCAAGAAGGCGGAAAAGGUUGCGCGCAAAACCGGGCUCACCAGUAACAAUGCGAGCAGCUCCGCCUUGGAUGUGCCUCCGGAUGCGCGGCUGGGUAGGGUUACCAGCAGUUCCUCUUCCAUUGCGGCUGAGGAGCUUGUAUUAGCCGGUAAGGGUAAGGAGGUAGACCGCUCUGAACCAGCUGGUGGCUCUGCCGCUGAAUCCAGUGCUGCGGCCGAGGAAGUGCAGCCCGCGGCAGCAUUGGCAAGCGCGGCCGACCAAGCGCCGAGUAUGUCACCUCCAUCAGUUGUCCAGUCGUCAUCCAAAGAUGUCACGAGGCCUUCGCAUCUUCGGCAUGUUUCCAGCGCAUCGUCAUCGUUCUCCUCGCUGGUCGAAUCGAUGUCGGAAGACCAUGCGGGCUCGGCUGAGGGAGCAGGCUCCUUUGCAGAGCCCCUUUACAAUUUUCGCAGCUUGGCAGCCGUGAUUGGGGAUGAAGAAAAGGGCGAUGAGGCACCCGAGCAUGUUGAAGAGACCCCGUCCAAGCCGAAUGUGGAGGGAUCAGCCUCGCAGCCGGUGGCAGAGGCAUCCGUUGCUGAACCCGCAACCACCACCGAGGCUAAGGUACCCAUGGAGGAGCAGCGCGACAGGCUGAUGCCGAAAGAGCUGGAGACCCAAUCCGUCGAAAUUACGAGUGCCACACAUGAUACGGAGGCUACGUCGUGAAGCUGCCAACGCUACGUAUUCAAAGCCAAGGCGAGUUGGAAGGCCUGAUGAUGAUACGCUCCUUUAACCCUUUGUGUUCCUUCUCCCCCCCACCCUUUUCUUCUUCUUCUCCUUGAUUUGUGAUGACACUGGGACGCAUAUGGUAUCUUUCCUUAUAUACAUACAGUUGCAUAGAUUUCGUCUGAGCCACCAUUCUCUGGGUUUUUCCUUUUAUUCUCUGUGUUGAGGGUUCAUGCGCGUGAGUGAGUGAGAUGAUGCGCCUUUUUCUUUCCUAUGUAUGCGAGCGCGCGGGAGUUGAACUGGCGGAUGUGGAUGUCAUUCAAUCUAUCAAUCAAUCGCUACUUGAGCAUGUUGUUUUUCGGGGCACCAGAUUGCGAUGGUGAUUGGUAGCUGAAAUGGGAUAGAUCGAUUUAACACGGUGUUGGAAAUACUGCGGGGAUGAUUUGACCGAAUCUGUCCCUCUUUUUGUUGG